AUGAAUAUUCGCUUAAUAUGGUGGACGGUUAUAGCCACUUUGGCUUCUAAAAGACUUUGUGGUUUUAAAACAAAAUUUACGAACUUACAAUGUGACGAAUUCGAUAAACCAUUUGCCACGUUCAAGACAUGUCGACUUAAAGCCCUUUCCCGUCACCAAGUUUCUCUCAAUGUGCACGUUCAAUUACAUCAGGUUCCGGUCAAUAACGUAACAAUCAAUGCCCAAUUAUUGAGAAAGGGCUAUGACAACGGCUACAAGCCUUUUAUGUACAACAACACAGCCGAUUUUUGCCAGUUUUUGAAAUCAUCUUCACGGUAUAUGUUUUGGAAAAUUAUAUUUUUCAAAAUAGUUCGACCGAUAUCGAAUAUUAAUCACAGCUGUCCGUUUGAUCAAAAUAAAGCUCACGUCAACAACAUUGCAUUUUUAGUCUUCUACUACUCCUCCCAAUCGCCCGCCCACAAAACUAGCAUCUAUCCAAAUUCCAUCAUGCCAUAUGAGCCUCGUGCUUCAUCAUUCUUAUAUUAA